AUGUCACAACAACCCACUCAACCACCUCCCAAUGAUAAUGAUAUCAAUAUUCUGAGAUAUCCAACAAUAACCCCUACUAAUAAUAAGAAACCACACAAAGGUGGUUUUAUUAAAAUUCCAAUCACUCCAAACUCAACCAAUGACACAAUCGAUCCACAGAAUAUUAACCAGAAGACCAACACUUCUUUAUCCACCACUACUAUAGAUGCUAAUGUGAAGCCUGUAGUAUUGAAUAAUACAUCUCCUACUGAUGGAAAAAGAAACAAGCCAAAGAAGAAGAAUGAUGCGUCAUCAAAUGCAUUGAAUGUUGGUGGUCAAUCAAGUGCUGCAUCUUCAUCAUUGGAUGUUGUUGUACCUCCAUCACCAUCAUCCGAAGCAUCUGCAUCAUCAUCAUCUACAUUCAGUAAGAAAGGUAGAGAAUUUAAACCCUCCGAACAUGCAAACAAGAGAUUUUCACAAGUACUUUUAAUGUGUGGAAAAUGUAAUUCAUGUCUUGCUGCCAAUACUUUGGAAGCCUCUCACAUGUUUAGUGUUUUCAAAGAUGAUCGUACGAGACAUGCUGUUCUGAAGGAUCAAAAUGUGAUUGGGAAUACCUUGAUUGAGAAGGAAACCAAUUUCAAGUUUGAAAAGAAAAACGAAAAGUACCGAAAGACUCACAUGUUAUAUUGUAAAGCAUGUAAUCAAAAAGUGGGUUCUAGAUUUCCAGGCAAUUAUCCAGAUACUGAAUUGCCUAAAAGAAUGUUCGAUGGUAGUGAUUGUAAGGUUUCAUGUAAGGAGUUGAAUAAUGAUGAUGGACAAGAUGUUGUAAUGAAUGUUGAAGAGUGGAGAACUUUGAGUAGUUCAUUGAGAGAUUAUGGAUUAUAUCCUCCACGUCAUGUAUCUUCUCAAGAUUCAUCGAGAAAUAAUUCCAGAGAUGGUUCUUUCAAGAAGGAUUUCAAUGGAAAGAAACCAGUAGAAAGUGGGACGAAUGAAAACAAAUUUCAAAAGAAGGAAUUUAACAAGAAGAGUUUUGAAAAGAAGAAUCAUCAACCAAAUGAACCGAUUACAUCAAUCCCAUUUAUAAGCAACAAUGAGGUGGAUAAUAUCUUUGGAAGAAACAAUCAAGGAUCGUCAUCUUCAUCACCAUUCAUCAGAAACAUUUCUCCAAAAUUUGGUCAAUUGUCUCAAGCAAGAGUUCAAAAAGAUUUGCCUCCAAAAAAGGAAAAGAAAGAUUACACAAUCAAAACUGUUAAGGGUAUUGGUUUUUAUAUUGACAAUUCACUUUUCAAUGAAAAUCAAAAAGAAUAUUUCAUCAAGAACUUAACACAAGAAGAAUUCAAAUCAAUAUUCAAUAAGGGAGGUCUUUUAGAGGAACAAGAAGUUAAUUUUUCAAUUAUUGAAAAGCUCAUGAAGGUCUUUGCCCAUGAGCAAAUAGAAUUAUCAACUAACAAGUCACUAAUCACCCCAAUCUUUUCUCAUCUCAUGAAUAGCUUAUUUUGGAGAAGAGUUGUAAAGAAAUAUAUUGUACAGGAUGUAAUUGAUGAUGAACAAGUUAAAGACUUGAUCACAGUUUUUCACAGAUGCUUGGAGUUUUGUCCACAGGAAGCUGAGAGAGUUUUCAUUGAAGAAUUAGAAAAGGUGUACAUUGACAAAUUCGUCUCUCAAGAUUAUCAGGAAUCCAUUAUGGCAAUCAAGAAAAGGAAGCAAGCACUCAAAUUGGCCAACUCAAAGAUGGAUAAAGGACCACUACCUGAACAACAAGAAAUCAACGAAAAUGAUGAAAAUGAAUUUGAGGAAAUUAGUGUCUUUCCAACUUUCAAUGAAUUGACUUCGAAUGAAAGAUUCAAAGUUAGAAACAAUGUUGAUGGCCCUUAUUCUUCUUUGAGAGAAUAUAUUAGGACUCAAAUAUUGUUAUUGAGAGAGGAUUUUAUUCAUCCACUCAAGGAUGGCAUUCAAUCUUUCCUUUCCAAUAAUUGUAACCAUAGAUCAAUUUCAGUUUUCACAGAUUGUCAAUUCGUGUCUGUUAUUUCAUCAGAUAAUGAACGUGAAUUAGUUCAUUCUCUUUCAUUCCAUUAUCCUUGGAGAAGGAUCAAUUGGGAAUGUACCAAAAAAUUAGCUUUCGGUUCCCUUCUCUGUUUAUUCCCACAAGAAGGUUCUGGAAAGAAUGCAACCAUUGUAAAAUCAGAGCCAAUAUUUGUAACAGUUUUGGAUAGAAAAUCGGUCUCAAAAGAAUUAAUUUAUGUUGGUUUGAGUAGAGUUGAGGAUUUCAAGAGACUUUCUCUCGUUGGAAAAUAUGUCAUGUUUGAAUCACCUGCUUAUUUCGCUGGAGUUAGACCUGUCAUUGAUUCUCUCAAUAUGAUUCUCAAUGAAACCUUAAUUGACCAAUCCAAAUUUACAUUUUAUGAUGAAUUCAUCAAAUUGAAACAACAAACUCCACCACAAUAUAUCGAAAGAGAUAGUUUUAUGAAUUUAGAUGUUAUCAAGGGAGAUCAAAGAAGAUCGACUCAAUCAGAUUUAUCUACUGGAAGAAAAACUAAUAUUUUGAGUAAUUGGAUUGAGGAUAAUGAGACUUUCCUUGAUCCUAGUCAAAACAAGGCCAUUCAACACGUUAUGAGAAAUAGAGUUUCAAUUGUAAUUGGACCUCCAGGUUGUGGAAAAACGUUUACAGGAAUUGAGAUUGCUAAAUUAUUGAAGAGUCACCCAGAUAUGAAAAAUAGACAAUUAAUAUGUAUUACUUAUACUAAUCAUGCUCUUGAUCAAUUUUUAGAAGGUUUAAUUGAUUAUUUCCCAGAUAUUGUCAGAAUUGGCAGUAGAAGUAAGAGUCAGAAUGAGAAACUAUUGAAUAGAAACCUUUCUAAAAUGAGAUAUUUGCCACAAUAUCUAUAUGUAGAAAAGCAAAAGUGUGAAGCUGAAUUGAGAAGGUUGUCACUCACAAUUGGUGCAACAGAACUUUCUAUCAAGAAUCCAGACGAUAGUUUACUUCGCCACUUGGCAAAAUCAUUUGUAUUUAAUAGAGCUCUCUCAAAAUUCCCAAUUCACCUGUAUAGCAAGAGAAAUCCACCUCCAGAAACCUUACAAGCCAUGUUCAGAGCUUGGUUAGGAGGAGACGAUCUCAGAAGAAAGGAGAGUUUACAAAAGAACAUGCAAAAGGCCUAUAGAACUGCUAAUUUCUUUAGAGUUCUACAAGAAAAUAACAAUGAAACACAAGAAGAAGACGAGGAGGAGGAGAAGCUCAUUAUUGAAGAGGAACCUCAGAGAGAAAUCAUUCCACAAGAAGAAGUUAUUGUGGAAGAAGUUGAAGAUGAAAUCGAAGAAGAAAUUGAAGCCGAAUUGAUUAAUGAAGAAAUGAGAAAUAUAUUUGGCUAUGAAGAAAAUGAAAUCACCAAUGAAGUUGCUAUUACUAAAAUGUAUGAAGAUUUAGAGGAUGCAUCAGAUAUUCAAUCAGAAACUCGAGCAGAAAUCCAAAAAAUAGAGCAAAUAGUCAAGCAAUGUGGGGAUAUUUACAGAAUUCCUCUCAAGAAGAGAAUUUCAAUGCUCAACCCAUUGAGAAUUUUGAAUGAGAAACUACUCAAGGCACGUCUCAUUGAUUUAUGUCAUCUUAGAAGCCACUAUGAGAAUAGAAAAUACGAAAUUAUUAUGGAUGGAGAUUAUGACAAAUUGAAAACUGCCUCAGUUAUUGGAUUGACUUCUACAGCUGCUUCCAUGAAUAGACAACUAUUGAAUAGAUUAAAGUCACCUGUCUAUCUCAUUGAAGAAGCUGCUGAAUUAUUGGAAUGUCAAAUUACUUCUGUAUUGCAUCCAAAUGUUGAACAUUUAAUUAUGAUUGGUGAUGAGAAACAACUUCAACCUAAAGUCAACUCUUACUACUUGGAGAAGAAUUGUGAUUUCACUGUGAGUUUAUUCGAAAGAUUGAUCAGAAAUGGAUUGGAAUAUUCUUCACUCAAUGUCCAACAAAGAAUGAGACCAGAAGUUAGAGAAUUAGUCGAUAUGUUCUAUGAGAAACUAAUUGACCAUGAAAGUGUUAAACAAUUCGAAAAUGUUAAUGGAGUGAGUAAGAAUGUUUGCUUUAUUGAACACAAGAAAUUAGAAAAGACCUCAGAUGAUGUUCAAUCAUUGACCAAUCCACAUGAAGCUGAGUUUUUAUGCAAGUUUUCAAAGUAUCUUCUCAAUGUCAGACAAUUCAAGGCAAGUCAAAUUACAAUUCUGACACCUUAUAGAGGACAAGUUAUUUUGAUUAAAAAGACACUCAGGGAAUUGCUUAAUCAAGACUUGUAUAGAGAAUUGAGAGUUUCUACUGUUGAUGAUUAUCAAGGAGAAGAAAAUGAGAUUAUUUUACUUUCGUUGGUGAGAUCGAAUAACUUUGAAAAUCUUGGAUUUGUUAAGAUUACCAACAGAAUUAUUGUUUCAUUGAGUAGAGCAAAGAAGGGUCUCUACAUUAUUGGCAAUCACGAUUUGUUAAGAAAUAACGAAGAUUGGAGAAAGGUCUUUGCUAGACUAAAACAUUCGGAUAGAAUUUUGGAUCAUUUACCUCUCUCCUGUCCAACACACUCUGAAGAAAGAGAAUGCAUAAGAGAACCAAGUGAUUUUGAUGGUGUUAUCUGGGGAGGGUGUAAGAAACCAUGUACUUAUCGUUAUCCAUGUGGACACAUUUGUUCAUUACCGUGCCAUCAUGAUUCAUUACAUAAGGAAAGAAAAUGUGAAAAGAUUUGUGGUGAAAAAUAUGAAGAUUGUGGUCAUAGAUGCGAGGACAAGUGUCAUCAUGGAAAAUCCUGUCCAAAAUGUAAAACUAAAGUUGACUACAAGUUUGUGGCAUGUGGACAUGUUACAAAAGUUGCAUGCCACUUGAAAAAUACUACUCAAUUGUGCAAAUCAACGUGUAACAAACUUCUUGGAUGUGGACAUAAUUGUAGAGGACAAUGUGGACAAUGUGGAUUAACUGGUUGUGGACCAUGUAUUGCCACAGUCAAAGAUUAUUGUGAAACUUGUAAGAAACCAUAUGAAAGAAGAUGUUCAGAGCCAAGAAUCUGUACAAAUCGUUGUACUGUCAAACUAUCUUGUGGACAUGCAUGUUCUGGAAAGUGUGGUGAAUGCUCAACCAGUGGAACUCAUAAAGUUUGUGGAUUCAAGUGUGAGAGAAAACUCAUUUGUGGACAUAUUUGUAAAGCUAAACAUACUUGUAGUAAUCCGUGUCCAAAAUGUGAGGAAAUUUGUAAAUUCAAAUGUUUCCAUAAUAUUCAAUGCAAGCUUGCUUGCCAUGAAAUGUGUCACAAGUGUAAGGAGCCAUGUCCAAUUCAAUGCCCACACAGAAAAUGUACAAAUCUUUGUCAUGAGUUGUGUAAUGUGGAGCCAUGCAAUGAGAAGUGUCCAAACAUCUGUUCAAAAUGUAAUCAUCAAUGUAUGGGACUUUGUGGAGAGCCAUGUCCACCAUGUAUGUAUUGCGAUACUCUGAAGAAAGAGGAGGAAGAAAUGUGGCAAUGCCCAAUCUCUUUUUACACAUUUGAAGAUUUAAUUCAAAGCGACGAUUCGAGGGUUUAUCAUUUACCUGAAUGUGGACACACCAUUGAACUUGAAUCAAUGGAUAAUUGUGUGAAAACCUUCUUUGAUACGGAACAAGGAGUUUCAAUCAAAUACUUGUCAUGUCCAGUGUGUAGAACUCCAAUAUUUACUUCUCCAAGAUAUCAACACUCUAUCAAGCAAUCUGUUGAAAGAAUGGAAAAUCUCAAAUAUGUAAUUUACAAAAAGGCAGAGGAGGAAAAAGAAAGAAAGCAAGCUAUUAAGGCUGUCUCUGCUGGCUAUGCUUCUGGUCAUUGGUUCACUUGUCCAAAUGGUCAUCCAUAUUUCAUUGGUGAUUGUGGAGGAGCCAUGCAACAGAGUACUUGUGUUGAUUGUGGAGAACAAAUUGGAGGUUCUAAUCAUACACUAUUGGCUUCUAAUCGUUUAGCAACUGAGAUUGAUGGUUCCACAGCCCCAGCUUGGCCAACUGCUCUUAAUAGAUAAAUAUGAGCAAACAGAAGAAUAAAAACAAAUAUUGAAUGUCU